AUGGAAAACAAUGAGCAGCUGUUCAAAUUUAAAAAUAUCGACCUGGUCGAUUAUAUCAACAAAAAGCAUCCAAAAAUAGAUUUGAUUGAGAUUGAGUCUGAGAAAAAUGCACUGAGCAAUCUUAUAAAAACAGUUAAUGAGGAUGUCUUCCAGUACUUUCUCCAGAGACAGGAUCCUCUUCUAAAGCUACUAGAAAUCCACCAAGAAUGCUUUGAAAUCAUUAAAAGCUUCAAAAAGAGCCAAAAAGACCAAAUGAAGCAGUCUGACGAAAUCGACCUGAGCAGCUCAGAGCUGAAAAAAAAAUUUUGUCUCUUCACAGACGACAUGUCUAUCUUCCUUACAAAUGACAGGUACUUUGUUGCCUCUGCAGUUUUCAACAAUGAUACGGUUUUGUGUGUCCUGACAAAUGAUCUUAUAUUUAUAGGCGAAAAGGACGAUAAUGAUAAGUUUAGGCUGAGAAGAUCGCUAAGCAAAGAGUCGGUUAAGCUUGAGAUGGCAGAAAGUACACUUCGGAUCACAUUGAAUGGAAGUGUAUGUGAACUAAGUGGAUCAAAAGUAGAAAUUGAGAAUUUCUUUGAAAUGUUCCAGGAAGUUUCAUAUAAGCUUGAAUUAACAAACGAUAGAGAAAGUAAUAUUGAUUACGAACUUGUUGAGUACUACCUAGAAACUAAGAAGUUCGUCAACCUGAUUGACUACUUAGACAGUUUUGGGCGUCCAGAGGGCGAAAGACUAGCCAGCCUGCUGGAUAAAAUGGAGAUUUCUGACGAGUAUACUCUCUUUGCACUUAGUAAAAUUUCAGAUGAUCCUACAAAACUUUUCAAAAAGUUUUUCUAUGAAAGAUUUAAGGCGGGAUUGUCCGGAGUCAACAGAAUACAAAAACUGGACAAGUACAUUCUAGAUGUUUUUGAGUACAUCCAAGAGUUCUCUCAAGAGUUUUACGAGUACUGUGAGAGAAAUUCGCUCACAAAAAGGGCAUACAUUCUUACAAUGGAGGACUGUGUCAAGCAUGCGCUGCAGUAUAUUGAGCCCAGAGUUAUCAAUCACAGUAGAGGCAACGACAUGAAGGAUGAAAAGGAUAUUAUUGGUAGUAUUUAUGAGAGAUUGCAAUUUUCAGAUCUCAAUUUCAGAUAUUUAAUCAAAGAAAUAAACAUCAAGAAGGCUGUCAGCCAGGGUUCAAUUGAGCAAUCAAAGCGUCGAGUUAAGGAAGAAGUAGAAAAGUUCCUAAGGAAUUAA